CGGGCGGAGGGGGCGGGCGCCGCGCUCUCCCCCCGCGGUGACAGUUUCUAGAAGCUCGUCCCGGCGUCCUUUGCGGCCCCAACAUGGAGGAGCUGACGGUGGAAGUGCGCGGCUCCAACGGGGCCUUCUACAAGGGAUUUAUCAAAGAUGUUCAUGAGGACUCCCUCACAGUUGUAUUUGAAAACAAUUGGCAACCAGAACGCCAGGUGCCCUUCAACGAAGUCAGGUUACCACCACCCCCUGAUAUCAAGAAAGAAAUCGGUGAAGGAGAUGAGGUGGAGGUUUAUUCUAGGGCAAAUGACCAAGAACCUUGUGGCUGGUGGCUGGCAAAAGUUCGAAUGAUGAAAGGAGAGUUCUACGUCAUUGAAUACGCUGCUUGUGAUGCCACUUACAAUGAAAUUGUCACUUACGAACGCCUCCGACCUGUGAAUCAGAACAAAACUGUCAAAAAGAACACCUUCUUCAAGUGCACAGUGGAUGUUCCUGAAGACCUGAGAGAUGCGUGUGCUAAUGAAAAUGCACAUAAAGAUUUCAAGAAAGCUGUGGGAGCAUGUAGAAUUUUUUAUCAUGCUGAAACUGCUCAACUAAUAAUACUGUCUGCCAGUGAAGCAACAGUGAAGAGAGUGAACAUCCUCAGUGACAUGCACCUGCGCAGCAUUCGCACCAAGCUCAUGCUGAUGUCGAGAAAUGAGGAAGCUACAAAACACUUGGAGUGCACAAAGCAGCUUGCUGCAGCAUUUCAUGAGGAGUUUGUAGUCAGAGAAGAUUUAAUGGGACUUGCUAUAGGAACACAUGGCAGUAACAUACAGCAAGCCAGAAAGGUUCCAGGAGUUACAACCAUUGAACUUGAGGAGGACACCGGUACUUUCAGAAUCUACGGAGAGACUGCUGAUGCAGUAAAAAAGGCCAGAAGUUACUUGGAAUUUGUGGAGGAUUUUAUUCAAGUUCCCAGAAAUCUUGUUGGAAAAGUUAUUGGAAAAAAUGGAAAAGUGAUUCAGGAGAUUGUAGACAAGUCUGGAGUCGUCAGGGUGAGAAUUGAAGGAGACAAUGAAAAUAAGCUGCCCCGUGAAGACGGAAUGGUACCAUUUGUGUUUGUUGGUACUAAAGAAAGCAUUGGCAAUGUCCAAGUUCUGUUGGAAUAUCACAUCGCAUAUCUAAAGGAGGUGGAACAGCUAAGACUGGAAAGGCUUCAAAUUGAUGAACAGCUGCGCCAGAUUGGGAUGGGCUUCAGGCCUUCCUCGACUCGAGUUCCUGAGAAGGAGAAGGGUUACACCACUGAUGAGAGCACCCUCUCCUCAGUGCAAGGCUCCAGGUCCUACAGCGGGCGGGGCAGAGGCCGCCGAGGCCCCAGUUACACCUCUGGUUAUGGUACAAAUUCUGAGCUCUCUAAUCCCUCUGAAACAGAAUCUGAGAGAAAAGAUGAACUUAGUGACUGGUCCUUGGCAGGAGAAGAUGACAGGGAGAGCAGGCACCAACGUGACAACAGACGCCGUCCUGGGGGACGAGGACGCAGCGUGUCUGGAGGGCGUGGGCGCGGGGCACCUCGUGGUGGAAAGUCAUCCAUUAGCUCUGUGCUUAAAGACCCGGACAGCAACCCUUACAGCUUGCUGGAUAACACGGAGUCAGACCAGACCGUGGACACGGACGCCAGCGAGUCCCACCACAGCAGCAACCGCCGCAGGAGGUCACGCCGGCGAAGGACUGAUGAAGAUGCUGUUCUUAUGGAUGGAAUGACAGAGUCUGAUACAGCUUCUGUUAAUGAGAAUGGUUUAGAUGAUAGUGACAAAAAACCCCAGCGACGCAAUCGUAGCCGCAGGCGUCGCUUCAGGGGUCAGGCAGAAGAUAGACAGCCAGUAACAGUAGCUGAUUAUAUAUCACGAGCUGAAUCUCAGAGUAGACAGAGAAACCCUGCAAAGGAGACAGUAGCCAAAACCAAGAAAGAAACGGCAAAAGAGGCGAUUGAUGAAAACAGCCCUUCUGAAAAGGCAGUGAACGGUCCUGCCACCACCUCUGGGGAUGAGCCUUCUAAACUACAGCACAGCCCUGAUGAAAAGAAAGUCACUGUUCAGGAGGAUGGAAAUAAUCAGGAAGAAGCAGUGCUGAAUGGUGUUUCAUAAACUGAAGUUCCUAGUUUACAGUUCUUUUACAUUACAUUUAAAAUAGUGCUUGUAUAAGCUUGCCAAAGAUAGAAUACGGAUCGCCAGUCUUGACACCGCACUUUCAGUUCCUCCAUUUUGGAAUACAGAAAGGGGAGGGAUCCUGGAGAAAUCAUAUGUUAAACAUACUUUGACACCUACUGUGUUAUAAAUAUAUCAUCAGAUGUGCCUUGAGAUAGUAUAUGUAACAUUUAAAUAAACAAAAUUGCUGGCUAUAGGAAAUGUUAUUUUGUUUUCAAAAUACGGCAAAGAUGUGAGGGGGAUCCCUAACAUAAUACUCUUUAUGAAAGCAUUAGCUGCUUUUGUUACAUUUUUAAUAAUAUGCAACCACUUCUUCACCUGAGGAAUACUAGAAAGAAAUGCAGUCUAAAAUAUUUUGCACUGAAAUGUAAUUUCUCCAUUAGUUUAGUCUGGAAACUGGUCUGUUUUAAUACAUGUUUUUUUAAAUGCUGUAUGUAGAGGAAAAAUCUGCAGACCACUGGAAUGCAUUUGUUAAAUUCUCAUAAUCUGCAGGGAUACUGGGUGACAUUGGCAGUGACUGUUCUACAUUGAGGCUUUGUUUGGUUUAUUUAUUAAACUGUACAGUAUUUAAAAAUCAAACAUAGCUUUAGUUAACACUAAGCUGAAUUAGUCAUGUCCAUUAAGACAUAACCUGAACUACUGAAAAGAUCAAUUUCCAGAAAGUUUAUUCUGUAUAAACUACAUAUGUUAGUCCUUAGUAGAGUAUUUUUAUUUUUGUUUUGGUUGUUUGAUGUGCAAUAUGUUUUUUUGUAUGCUGGUAGUAAAAGAAAAUAAACUUUGAUCUUCCA